AAAACACAUUCUGAGAAGAAGAAGAAGAAAAUAAGAAAAAACAAAAGAUGAAAACCAUUAUCCUUUUUGUAACAUUUCUUGCUCUUUCUUCUUCAUCUCUAGCCGAUGAGACAGAGACUGAAUUUCAUUACAAACCCGGUGAGAUAGCCGAUCCCUCGAAAUGGAGCAGUAUCAAGGCUGAAUGGAAAAUUUGCGGGACAGGGAAGAGGCAAUCGCCAAUCAAUCUUACUCCAAAAAUAGCUCGCAUUGUUCACAAUUCUACAGAGAUUCUUCAGACAUAUUACAAACCUGUAGAGGCUAUUCUUAAGAACCGUGGAUUCGACAUGAAGGUUAAGUGGGAAGACGAUGCAGGGAAGAUCGUGAUCAAUGAUACCGACUAUAAAUUGGUUCAAAGCCACUGGCACGCACCUUCAGAGCAUUUUCUCGAUGGACAGAGGUUGGCAAUGGAACUUCACAUGGUACACAAAAGUGUAGAAGGGCACUUGGCAGUGAUUGGAGUUCUCUUCAGAGAAGGAGAACCAAAUGCUUUCAUUUCGCGGAUCAUGGACAAGAUCCAUAAGAUCGCAGACGUACAAGAUGGAGAGGUCAGCAUCGGAAAGAUAGAUCCAAGAGAAUUUGGAUGGGAUCUUACAAAGUUUUAUGAAUACAGAGGUUCUCUCACGACUCCUCCUUGCACGGAAGAUGUCAUGUGGACCAUCAUCAACAAGGUGGGGACUGUUUCACGUGAGCAAAUUGAUGUAUUGACAGAUGCUCGUCGCGGUGGUUAUGAGAAGAACGCGAGACCAGCUCAACCUCUGAACGGACGUCUGGUUUAUUUAAACGAGCAGUCCAGUCCAAGUCCAACUCCACGGCUAAGAAUACCACGAGUUGGUCCGGUCUAAGACAGUCUUAUAGGACAAGGCAACUCCGAGCCCUAAUUUCCAUACAAAGAAAAUUCGGAAAAGAAUUUUGAAGAUGUAUGAAAAUUGGGAGCCAUAACUAUUUUUUUUUAACUAUUCUUUUGAUUAAAAGAUAAAACUACGCAAUAUUAUAUGCAUAAAGUUUUUCUUUUAUACAUGUAUUCCAAUAAACAAGAUGUAAUAAUAUCCAACCAUAAUGAGUUGUUUGAUUAUUUUAUAACACAAGAUCUCUCACUAUACA